AUGGAAUCAGUUCAGCCUGCACCGCCACCACCUGCAGCAGCCUAUUCAUCACGAUUAACAAGAUGGCUCUUUCGAUCAUCCAACACGCCAUCAUCACAAGCCGAUACAACAACCAUGACUUCAACACAACAAAUACCCAACUUCGGCGUUCCAUCUCAAUUUGAGCAACUGCAAUACCAAAAAGGUUUCAAGAGCAAUAGCUGGUUUCACCACGAUGCUGACACGACUCCACAACACAAAAAGUCAGUGCGGCGUAUCGCGUCCACACCCAAUGCCAAGCAUAUCGUAAAUGAUAAAAAACAUCAACAACCCUCUUCACCACCAUCAGCUUUUCCCCCACCCCUUCCACGAAUGGAAACGACUAUUUCAUCAACAACCACCGUGUCGAGUAGCCUAACAGCCGUUGACUCAAGGUCGCAACGUUUGAAACUGAAUCGUCGUUCCUAUGCUGCCAACAGUGUUAAGAUUCGAGAAUUACAAGUUGGACCUAGUAGUUUCACAAAGGUACGAUUACUUGGUCGAGGAGAUGUAGGCAAAGUUUAUCUUGUCAAACAAAAAGGAACCGACAAAUUACUGGCAAUGAAAGUUCUGUCAAAAAGAGAAAUGAUUCGCCGCAACAAGAUCAAGCGUGUACUUGCAGAGCAGGAGAUCCUUGCAAGCGCCAAUCAUCCCUUCAUUGUUACCCUAUUUCAUUCUUUUCAAAGCCAAGAUUUUCUUUAUUUUGUCACUGAAUACUGCAUGGGCGGUGAAUUCUUUCGAGCACUGCAAUCUCGGCCUGGACGGUGCCUUAAUGAAGUAGGGGCCAAGUUUUAUGCCGCUGAAGUGAUUGCUGCUCUUGAAUAUUUGCAUUUACAGGGUUUCAUUUACCGUGAUCUUAAACCAGAAAAUAUCCUCUUGCAUCAAAGCGGGCAUUUGAUGUUGACUGAUUUCGAUUUAAGCAAACAAUCCAACCCACCUUGUCCUCCCAAUAUUGUCAAAUCCCACUCUCCUCAUGUUCCACCAUCCAUUGAUACACGCACGUGCAUUGCCCAUCUACGUACCAAUAGCUUUGUCGGAACAGAAGAGUACAUUGCUCCUGAAGUUAUUCGUGGCUGUGGCCAUACCAGCGCUGUUGAUUGGUGGACAUUGGGUAUCUUGAUCUAUGAGAUGCUGUAUGGGACCACGCCUUUCAAGGGAAGCACACGCAAUGAGACAUUUUCGAAAGUACUACAUACCGAUAUUAUCUUUCCUGAGCGAUCGUCCUAUUUCAAAAGUAGCAGCAACAACAACAAGCAUCAUAGCCGACGCAACAAAAUUGAACCGCAGGCGGUUUCUAAUACAUGCAAAAACCUCGUACGACGAUUACUUGACAAGCAAGAAGAUUCACGCUUGGGAUCACGUGCAGGUGCCAGUGAUGUCAAAGCCCAUGCAUUCUUUCGCAGCCUUAAUUUCGCAUUGCUAAGGCAUAUGACACCCCCCAUUGUACCUGGCCAAUCCGUUCAGCAUCCCGUACGACCACUGCAUGAUAGCGUUAGCUUUGAUCUAGAGUCCGAUAUUCCAGUGGAUGCACAGCAUGAUAGCAGCAACCCAUUUUCCAAGUUUAAUUCUGUGACAUUAUACCAUGAUGGCGAUUCGGAUUCCGAGACUAUUGUCUUUUCAGAUGACUAA